AGCUCACUUACAGUUCGGCUAACCAGCCACACAUCCGCGGCAUUACCCCGAAGAUGUCCCGUCUUUUAAUUUUUUAGCGACUUCCCCCCGUGCUUCUGAGCCUGAGGACACUGUUAUGGUGUCGGAGGAUGGAAACGGACGACGUGUCGGUUAGGGAGCAACUUUUCCACAACCGUGUCCGGGAGACUAUAAUCUGUGUACUCCUGUUUUCAUGCCUUUACAUGGUGUGCUACCUCAUACUUACCCACUUCAAGAAGACUGCAGAGUUUAUCACAGAUGAUAUUGAAGAUGCCACCGUCAACAAAAUUGCGCUGUGGCUGUGUACGUUCACCCUGUCUGUUGCAGCGUGUGCCGUGCUCCUUCUCCCCAUCUCUAUUCUGUCCAAUGAGGUGCUGCUCACCUUCCCGCAGAGUUACUACAUGCAGUGGCUCAAUGGAUCGCUCAUCCACGGCUUGUGGAACCUAGUUUUCCUUUUCUCCAAUUUGUCCCUGGUCUUCCUCAUGCCCUUUGCUUACUUCUUCACGGAGUCGGAGGGAUUUGCAGGGUCCAAAAAGGGGGUGAUGGCACGAGUGUAUGAAGCCGUUGUACUGCUGUUGCUGCUUGCUCUGCUUGUCCUUGGCAUUGUGUGGGUGGCAUCAGCCCUCCUCCACGACAACAUGGCCAGGAAGAGCCUCUACGAUCUGUGGGAGUAUUACCUUCCCUACUUGUACUCAGGCAUCUCUCUGUUUGGAGUGUUGCUGCUUUUGUUGUGCACUCCCUUUGGGUUGUCCCGGAUGUUCAGCGUGACUGGCAGCCUAUUGGUCAAACCCCGGCUGUUGGAAGAUGUAGAAGAUACUCUGAGCUGCACUUCAUUUGAGGAAGACUCACUCUCAAGGAAACUACACUAUGGCAGUACGUCAUGCUGGGUCAAGCUGAACAUGGAGGUGAUGAAAAAAGAGCAUCAGACAGCUCGGAGCAAGCGCAUCGCCCUCGAGAUGCGUAGGAAAGCGUCCCCAUGGCAAAGAAACCUGGGUUAUCCACUGGCCAUGCUUGUGCUCCUAGCGCUGACGGUGAUGUGUGUACUGAUGGUCUGUUUCAAUGUGCUGGAGUUGCUCCUUGAUGAGACAGCUUUGCCCAGAGGAAUGGAGGACCCUCACCUGGGGAUGGCCUCCUUCUCCAUGUUUGGCUCACUGGGCGCUGCAGUUCAAGUAGUCCUUAUCCUCUACCUGAUGGUGUCCUCAGUGGUGGGUUUCUACAGCUCUCCUCUCUUCACUGGCUUGCUGCCUCGUGCACAGGACACCAACCUCACACAGAUAAUUGCAAACUGUGUUUCACUUCUCAUCCUGAGUUCAGCACUUCCGGUCUUUUCACGCACACUUGGGAUCACCCGCUUCGAUCUUCUGGGAGACUUUGGUCGGUAUAACUGGCUCGGGAACUUCUACAUUGUCUUCAUGUACAACAUGCUGUUUGCUGGUCUCACCUCUGCCUCCUUGAUAAAGACUGUCACCUGGGCAGUACAGAGAGAGCUCAUCCGUGCCUUUGGUCUCCACAGACUGCCUUUAACUGUCUCACGCUCCACUGUCCCCUUCAGACUCCUCCUGGCCAGUGGACUGUCUAAAAUCCAGUGACUUUUUUUUUCUUCUCACCACUGCCUCUCAACAUUUUAGAAAGUGAGCCACUUCAAAUGUGAACCUAUUGGAUUGAAGACGUUUGCAAUUCAGUCCCUUUGCCAGAUGGUACAAGGGUCAGGUCAGCAUAUGUGAAGAGACUUGAAGGUGACAAGUCUGUCUGCAUUGUGUCCAGUGGGAGCUUUGCUUGAAGAUGUGUUUCAUGUCCAAUAUAUCAGGGUCCAAUUUGGUGAAGGUGUUAGACUGAAAGUACAGCUACUGGUACAAGCGGUUAGCUGAGUCAUGGUUAUGACUGGAAUUGGGAGAACAGGGAUUAAAGCCAUACUGGCAGUGCUGCCAAAGUGGACAGUGACAAAACAAUCCCCUUGCCGAGGAUCUGUUGGAUAGCUGUUGGUCUGAUGACACAUGUGAAAGUCAGCAGAGUUAUUUUGAAAUAUUAUGCUGUAGCUGUGACAUAAUUUCCUCUUCCUGCUCUAGGUCGAUUGAGCCUCUCUCUGUCUCGGUGGCUUCCCCACGCUUUCCUCUCUUAGGUUGUACCACUAUUUUAAGAUUGGGAAUCUUACUUCCAUGUGUUCGGUGGUCCAGUCUGCACCAGUGUUAUGUUAGUUAAAGAGAGGAAGUUGUUUUUCGGAGCAACUAGGACACAAAGUACCUUGUAUAUCAAUGCAUCCACAGGUUACACAGGGAAUAUGAGGUUGAGGUGAUAGUCCAAGUGUCUUAGUGAGAUAGUUAGUUUAUUUGUGGAGUAAAGAGCAUUUUCUGUGGUGGUUUGUCACUAAGCAGGGUUUAUCUUUUGUACUUUUGAGGACAGUAAGCUUACUGAGUCACAGUAUUACUCUUUAAUUGACAGAAAAUACACUAAAAAGAAAACUUUACACUUUGUCUUAUGCAAGACCUUUGGAUGUCAUGUGACACUCACUAGGAGAUACUUGUGCCUUAGACCAAUCAAACUGUGAAUUAUUAAGAAUUUGUGUGGGGAAGUGCAAUAUGUUGUAAGUAAAACUUUACCAAAAGGAAAUUCUGCUUUUGGUAAAGUCUAAUUUUCUGUAAAGUAUUUUCAUCUCCACCCUAUUGUCUUGGUGAAUGUUUUGAUUCAUUUUGGAAUAUUUUCAAAAAGCAAAUGUGACUAUCAUUCAUGCAAUACUUUACAGUGUCUCUUUAUUAUUCUUAUUUUUAACUUACAUUUUAUUGUUUUUAUCAGCUGUAUCUGAUCGUCCUUAACAUGUUGGUGAUCCCGUGUCACCUUUUGCCUUUGCUGCUGUAUCAGCAGGUUAAUAGAUGUUAGUUUGACCAGCAGGGGACAGUGUCUCUCAAACCCAACAUCAGACUCUGUGUUGUGAGAGGGUCCCUCUCUCUGGUUAGUUAUUAUAUAUACAUUAUAUUAUGUAUGGAGCACUCUGAGGUGUAUUCAUUUGAUUUUUUUCUGGGAAUGUUUUUUUUUUUUUGGUUUUUGGGAACAUAAAGUUUAUAAUGUACUGUUUUUUUAUCAUUAUUUAUGGGCAUUUUGGGAUCUAUACUUCAAACGCCAAGUCAUUACUGAAAGGAUUUUUAACAGUUGUUAAAAAUGUUGAAUGUGAUACAGUUGAGACAAAUCUUUAGAGUUGUUCUCAAAGAUAAAAAAUAGUGUUGAUUGUUUACUUUUGAGAUGCUCUGGUGUUAAAGAUUUUUCUAAAAACAGAAUUUUUAAACAUCAUUGUUUGAGCAGAAAGCAAUAAAAUUGUCUUGUGUUUUUCCACUUUGUGUCUUUUUGGAUACAUAUCAGAGUAACUUUUACGGUAAACUGUUCCUUUGAUGUUGUUACAUUUUAUGAAAUGUGACAAAAUCAUGACCAAUCUAAUGUUGCCUGUGGUGGGUGUGUGUGUGUGACUAGUGUGUGGGUGUCUGUCCUCUACAUCCCUCCACCCUUUUUGUUGCACUUCUUUAAUCAGUAGCAGAAAAAAGACAUAUUAUGGGUUGUCUGUCAGCAGUGUCCAGCCACGACGCCACUACAGCUGUAGCCCACGCUUUCCCCAAUCCGAUGCAACUGCCAGAUAAAAACCCUGCAAAUCAACAAGAGGACCGACGUUCACUCACAUUCACUCCUUCACGUCCUCACCACCCACCCACCUCCUUUCUUCCAUCCCUUUUCCUUGCCUAUUGUUCAUUUCCUCAUCUCAUUUUUUCUGAAGUCAGUUCAAGCUCUGAUUAAUUUCUCCCUCUUGAUUUUUGUUUGUAUUUCUUGUUUUGUUUUGUUGGAUGUUAUAAUUAAGCUUAUUUGGUUUAGGUUUUGUUUUGCAUUGCAUUUCCUUUGCUAAGAGGAAAUGAACCCAAAUGUCGCUGUAACAUUACUUGCACAUCUGGAGACUGCUUAAGCUCUGAGGAAGUGACACACGAGCCAGACAUAAGGUGUGUUUGAGAGAAAGGUCAGAGCAUUAUCAUUGUGUCUAUAAAGAGUUUGUGAUGAAUGUUUCAGCAUACUCCGACCAAAGCUUUCACUAGUGGAGGUUAAGUGGUGAUUCAGAGGGCCAAAAACAACUUGAGUAAUGCAAUUUACUGACAAGUUAUUCACUACAUGUCUGAGACGUGAUUUAGAAGCAUGUUAAACAAAAUUUAGGCUGCAUU